CAUCCAUGGUUAAUGGAGAGUGAAGAUUUUGCCAGUACUGUGAAGAGUGAUGUAUGGAAGAUUCUUCAAGGUCCAGCAGCUUCUGAUCAAACCUUUUAUGUUAGGGCAGCCCUUUCUGAAAUCCACAUGUUACUAAACACCUCUAGAGCAACACUCUCAAAGAAGAAGAAAUCAACAGGAGGAAGAAAGGGACUGUUUUCAUCCUCAUUUAUGGACGGAAAUGAGCACAUUGAGCUGAAGAUUUCAACACUUCCAACUGUCAAGUUAGCAUUAAAGAAGGUGGAGUUCCUGUUGUCAUACAUAAAGGAAUAUUCUGCAGCUCUAAUAAGUAUCUCUAUUGUGUAAGGAUAAACAAGGAUUGUAGAGUUCAUAAUUUAUUAUUUUAAGGAUAAUUUGAAAUUACUGUACUGUAUUUGGAUUUGAUUUUCAGAUUUUUUAUUUCAGUAGCUUCUGAACUGAAUUAUAUUUCAUAUUACUAACUUUUUUUUUACUGAUGCUGUAUAGUUUCUGCCUCUGUUCUGAAAGGAUUUUAUUUUCAUAUAUAUUAACUGAUGAUUGAUAUUAUUUUUCGGUUGAAUAUUUAUCCAUGCUUCAUUUGAAAACUGGUACAGUACUGUACUUUGUACUUAAUAUGUCAUUGCCAUGAAUUUUAUUUUAUAACUGCUGUGCCAAUGUGCUUGGGAUUUCCAGGAACUCUCCACUUAUACACCUGAACAAUUUCCAGAAAUCUAAUAAGACUAGAAGAUAUAAAUAGGAUCACCCCCCCCCCCAGUUAAACCUUACUCCCUAUAAAUAGAGUUUAAUUCUUGUGAACUAGCUGACCAACAGUCAAGAAUUGUGAGAAUAAACUGCUGUGUUCUCUGAGCUUGAGUUUUCUAACCCAAGCAGAAUAUAAAAGAGGGUGCAUUCCCAGUUAUUUCAUAGCUGAUCAGACAUCUCUCAUAUCUCUGUGUUGUGGUAACUAAGUGAUUUAUUUAAUUAGGUCGUAUAUUUGAGAAAUGGACAUGUUGGAACGUAGUCCUAUGUAUCAGUAUACACCAUAGGUAUAUGUUUUUUUGUGUUGCAGGAGUGUUUAUGGUUGCUUAAUAAUAUGAUUUGUAGUGAACUGACAGUUAUACAAUUAGGAAUAUACACCAUCCAUAUUUGUGUUUUGUCCACAACAUGUAACUCCAUUUUGAUAACUGAGAUGCAGGGUCUGGGAUAGAACUACUAAGAGGAAAUUUGGGUUUUCUUAUGAGUUUGCUUAAUAAUGGUAUGUCUGGAAAGUUCCUUUUUUGUAAGUAAUGCUUGUCAUCUUGCCUUAGGAUAUGUUGGAUCUGCAGGUAAUACGACAAUUAAGUUCGCGAACUUGCCACGUGGCUCAACAGGCGGCAGCACUGUAAUGAGCGUGAGUGGCGUGCAUGUGACCUCGAUCCCUUCUCUUACUACCCCAGUUGUGUCGGCGAUCUCAAGCGAAUUGGACGUGUGCAGUGGUAACUAUUGUAUUAGAGUGUUUUCUGGUUUUGUCGCUAUAAUGACAGAUUGUUUUAGAACAAAGAACGGACAUCAAGUUUCUCAAGAAACUAGGGAAAACUGGACCUAAAAUUCGGGACAUGUUAACCCAAGUUUAUGAGGAUAAUGCACUAAAGAAAACAUCAGUUUACAAGUGGAUUAGGCGAUUUUCUUAGGGAAGAGAAGACGUGACAGAACGAUGACACGAGCAGGUUUGAGGAAAACAUUGAAAAAAUUAGGUUAAGUUAUGCUUGCUAACAGGCGAUUGACAUUGAGAAGCAUUGCAGAUGAGGUGCAGAUUGACAGUGAAACAGUUAGAAAGGUUUUGACUGAAGAUUUGAAGAUGAAAAGUUUGUGCGAAAAUGGUGCCAAAAAAUCUCAUUGAUGAACAAAAACAACGAAGAGUUGAAAUUUGCUCUGACCUUUUGGAAAGAGAGGAAGCUGAAGAUGACCUACUUCACCGAGUCAUUACUGGUGAUGAGUCAUGGGUCUACCAAUAUGAUCCUGAAACGAAAUGCCA